AUGCAUUUAUACAACCUCACUCUCCAAGGGCAAACCGCCAUCAACCAGGCCGUCCAUGGAAAUUUCUCUGGAACACCGAAAGCACAAGUUUUGUGCAGCCAUGAAGUAUUCGGUAUUAUCCGCUCAAUCAUGCCAUUCCGACUUACUGGCGGUUCGAAAGAUUAUAUCGCAGUUGGUUCGGAUUCGGGACGAAUUGUAGUGCUGGAAUAUUCGACGGAUAAGAAUUCAUUUCUUCGUGUGCAUCAAGAAACUUUUGGGAAAACGGGAUGUCGUCGGAUUGUUCCUGGACACUACUUGGCAGUAGACCCGAAGGGAAGAGCCAUUAUGAUCGGUGCUAUCGAACGUCAAAAAUUGGUUUAUAUUAUGAAUCGUGAUGCUGAAGCACGUCUUACUAUUUCAUCCCCACUAGAAGCCCACAAACAGUUCACACUCUGUUAUGGAAUGGUGGGAAUUGAUGUUGGGUUCGAAAAUCCAACAUUUGCUUGUCUGGAAUUUGACUACGAGGAUGCUGAGCACGACCCAACGGGUGACGCACUUCAAACUACAAAGCAAACUCUAACGUUCUAUGAGUUGGACCUGGGUUUGAAUCAUGUUGUCAGGAAGUAUGCAGAACCCUUGGAUGAUAAGGCAACAAUGAUCAUUGCCGUCCCUGGAGGUAACGAGGGUCCAUCUGGCGUCAUUUUAUGCUGUGAAAACUAUCUCAUAUAUAAAAACUUGGGCGAGCAACCUGAUAUUAGAUGUCCUAUUCCUCGCAGAAGAAAUGAUCUUGAUGAUCCAGACCGCUCACUUAUGAUUAUUUGCGCUGCCACACAUAAGACGAAGCUGCUGUACUUUUUCCUUCUGCAGACCGAGCAGGGGGAUCUUUUCAAGGCAUUUUUUUUAUUUCCAACUUUAUCUUUCGACGAAGACUUGGUGACGGAGAUGAAAGUGAAAUAUUUCGAUACUGUUCCCGCCGCAAAUGCAAUGUGUAUCCUUAAAACGGGAUUUCUGUUUGUUGCUAGUGAAUUCGGAGAUCAUCAUCUCUACCAAAUUGCAAAUCUCGGAGAUGACCCGGAAGAACCGGAGUUCUCUUCUAAAAUGCAUUUGGACGAGGGCGAGACAUUUUUCUAUGGCAUUCGCGAACUAAAAAGCCUUGUUCCAAUAGAUCGCAUCGAUAGUUUAUGUCCAUUUACCGAUGCUUACAUUGGUGACUUAGCCCAUGAAGAUGCUCCCCAGAUAUACGCGUUGGUCGGCAGAGGAGCUAGAUCAACACUUCGUGUUUUACGAAAUGGUUUAGAGGUAUCAGAAAUGGCAGUUUCGGAGCUGCCAGGUAAUCCAAACGCUGUGUGGACUGUGAAGAAAAACGUUGAUGAUAAACAUGAUGCCUAUAUUGUGGUUUCAUUCAUAAAUGCAACACUAGUCUUGGCAAUUGGUGAAACGGUAGAGGAAGCUAAUGAUUCUGGAUUCAUGGCAACCACACCUACUCUUGGUUGUGGAAUUAUUGGAGACGAUUCCCUACUGCAAAUCUAUCCUGAGGGAAUUCGACAUAUCCGUUCUGAUCGACGAGUAAAUGAAUGGAAGACGCCAGGAAAACGACAAAUUGUCAAGUGUGCAAUGAAUAGGCGACAAGUGGCAGUAGCGUUGGCUGGUGGCGAGCUCGUAUAUUUCGAGUUGGAUCCUACUGGCCAACUGAAUGAGUUUACGGAGCGUACAUCUUGGCCUCAUGAAGUGUUAUGCAUGAGUUUAAGUGAAAUUCCUGAAGGUGAACUUCGUUCCCGAUUCCUUACUGUUGGAAUAGCCGAUAGCACUGUGCGUGUGAUUUCUCUCGAUCCUCAAGAUACUUUAAGUCCUCUUAGUAUGCAAGCGCUUCCUUCACAACCAGAAUCACUUCUAUUAUUGGAGACAACAAGUGAGGAUAAUAAAGGGUCAUCGACAAUCCAUUUAAAUAUUGGUCUUCAGAAUGGAUGCUUAUUACGUACCACUGUGGAUAAUGUUACUGGAGAUAUGAUGGAUACUAGGACGAGGUACUUAGGAACAAGACCAGUGCGUGUGUUCCGGGUCCGCAGCCAGAACAAAGAUGCGGUUAUGUGUACAUCCUCUCGUUCGUGGCUGCUCUAUCAUUAUCAGAAUCGUUUCCAUCUUACGCCUUUGAGCUAUGUAACACUUGAGUCUGCUUCCAGCUUCAGCUCGGAGCAGUGCCUGGAGGGAAUCGUUGCUAUUGCAGAGAAUACUUUAAGGAUUAUGGCAGUAGAGAAACUCGGCGCGUCAUUUAACCAUAUAUCAUAUCCGCUGAAGUUCACCCCACGUCGAAUGAUCGUUCAUCCAACAGCCACUACGUUGAUGGUGAUCGAGACUGACCAUGCAGCGUAUACGACGAUUACCCUUGACAGAAAGCGUAAUGAUAUGGCUGACGAUAUUGUUCGACUUGCAAAUGAUAUGGAAGAAGUUGAAUUGGCAAAGGAGAUAGCUGAUGUUUUACGAAAUAAUCGCCCUGACGAGACAGUCUACGGAGCCGCCAAAGCAGCGCCAGGAAAGUGGGCAUCAGCAGUACGCUUGUUAAACAUAAAAACCGGCGAAGUUCUAUCGUUGUUUGAACUUCCCCAGGACGAAGCUGCCAAUAUCGCUCUUGUGCAAUUUGCAUCCCAUCAGGACACAUUAAUGGCCCUUGUCGGUUGUACCAUAGCACAAAAACUUGAUAAGGUUGCUAAAAGCACCAGGGGCUGUAUCUACACAUUCCUUCUGACAGCUGCUGGUGAUAGGUUUGAACUCAUACAUCGCACAGAGACACCACGACCAGUAAACGCCAUCCACGAUUUCCGAGGCUCAGCCCUCGUUGGAAUGUCGAAUCAUCUGCGACUAUAUGAAUUCGGAAAAAAGAAGUUACUUGCAAAAUGUGAGAAUAAGUUGUUUGCACUUCGACUAAAAAAUUCGGAAGAAAUAGCGGCACAACACUUAGUGAACGGAAUUGCGAAAAAAGAAAUCCUGUAUGUCUCCUUGAAUAUUAUCGGGAAAUCAACUUAUUCUCUUACUAAGAAAUUUGGAUUUCAAAACCGUAAAAUCGUUGUAACUUUUCGCCUUGUUCAGAAUUUUCCUGUUCAAAUCACCGGCAUUCAGUCAACGGGACAACGUAUCAUCGUGACCGAUUCGCAAGAAUCAGUACAUUUUGUGCGCUAUAGAAAAGCGGAGAAUCAACUGGUGAUUUUUUGCGAUGACACGACUCCACGUUACGUCACCACGUGCUGCGUUCUGGAUUACAAUACCGUGGCAGUGGGUGACAAGUUCGGAUCGAUAUCAAUUGUGAGUUUUAUCCACUUGUAA